CUCGGCGGUCGCUCCGGGCCGCUUCGGCGUCUGCGGACUGCAGCGCUCGCGGGGCGCGCGGGUGCUUUGCCUUGUGCUUCUUUCUCAUCUCUGACCGCGACAGAGGAGACUCCGGAGCGGCUCCUCCAUGGCUUGGGCACCUGUUUCCAGCUGAAUCUUUCUUUUAUUUUUUGUAAUUUUUAUUUCUUUCAUUUUUCUUUUUUUUCUUUUUUUUUGGGUUGAAAGCUCCCCCACAUCGAAGGCCGAUUCGUCGCGGCGGCGGUGGGGAUCGCAGGUCGCUCAGGCUUGCAGAUGGGUCAGGGGCUAUGGCGAGUGGCCAGAAACCAGCAGUUUCCUCAGGAGACCUAUAGCGAGCAGGGCUACCUGAGCAGGGAGCAGAGCCGGAGGAUGGCAGCGAGCAAUCUGGCCAACGCUCAUCGGAAACAGGUGCCAGGAGGCAUUGACCUCUACCAUCUCCUGAAGGCCCGGAAAUCGAAGGAGCAGGAAGGCUUCAUUAACUUGGAAAUGCUGCCCCCUGAGCUUAGUUUCACCAUUCUGUCCUAUCUGAACGCCACCGACCUCUGCCUGGCCUCUUGCGUCUGGCAGGAUCUGGCCAACGACGAGCUUCUCUGGCAAGGGUUGUGUAAAUCCACUUGGGGUCACUGUUCUAUAUACAAUAAGAACCCACCUCUAGGAUUUUCCUUUAGGAAACUCUACAUGCAGCUGGAUGAAGGUACCCUCACCUUUAAUGCCGAUCCAGAUGAGGGAGUGAACUACUUUAUGUCCAAGGGUAUCCUGGAUGAUUCGCCAAAGGAAAUGGCAAAGUUUAUCUUCUGUACAAGAACACUAAAUUGGAAAAAACUGAGGAUCUAUCUUGAUGAGAGGAGAGAUGUCUUGGAUGACCUCAUAACACUGCAUAAUUUUAGAAAUCAGUUCCUACCCAAUGCACUGAGAGAAUUUUUUCGUCACAUCCAUGCCCCUGAAGAGCGUGGGGAAUAUCUUGAAACUCUUAUAACAAAGUUCUCACACCGAUUUUGUGCUUGUAAUCCUGAUUUAAUGAGAGAACUUGGCCUUAGUCCUGAUGCCGUCUAUGUUCUGUGCUACUCUCUGAUUCUACUUUCUAUAGACCUCACAAGCCCUCAUGUGAAGAAUAAAAUGUCUAAAAGAGAAUUUAUCCGAAAUACCCGCCGUGCUGCUCAGAACAUUAGUGAAGACUUCGUAGGACACCUGUACGACAACAUCUACCUGAUUGGCCAUGUGGCUGCAUAAAAAAACGUACAGUUGCUGGGACUUGGAACCUGGAACUUUAAGCUAAAGCUACCCAAGGACUCUUCAGCAGAUUUGUGGGUGAUAUUACGGUGGUCAUUCUAGCCUCUAUACAAUCAAGCUUGAGUGUACAACCUUUUUUUCUUUCACUGUUUUAUUUUUUUUAAUAAUUUCCUUGGGGAACUAAAAAAUAAUGCAGAAUUGUUCUUAAUUUUGCUCAUCAUGUUUUGCACAAAGCCGAGCCAUUGUCUGACAUUACUAUUUAAAAAUGUUAAAGCGAAUAGUACUCUAGGAGAUGGUAUAUUUGUGCAUUAGAUUUUGCCUGAAAACCUUUAUUCAUUUUCAUGCUUUUUUAAACUACCAUGUAAUGUGUACAUAUUUAACUAAAGAGAUUUAUAAUCAUAAUUAUUUUAUUGUAAAGAUUUUAACUAAAGUCUUUCCUUUUCUCUCAAA